CGCGAGAGGCAGAGUGGGGUGCUAGGAGACUAGUUAACUCUCAAUUAGAAAAACUGAGGCACUGAGGCAGUCGCUCCCAGCUGACCGAGUGAAGAUGUUUGGGGGUCUUGGGUUCGUCACUGUGACACUGAUACUUGCUUGCUGCAAAGACAUUUCGGGUCAGAGUCUUGGCUUUGGGAAAUGUCCAUCUUAUCCAGCCAUGAAGAAGUUGGACUUGAGAAAGUUUGAAGGAAAAUGGUAUGAAGUAGAAAGAUCAUUCUAUAUGAUGGAGAUGUUUGCCAGCUGCACAUCAUUAAAUUUCACAGCAACACCAUCUGGGACUCUCAAGGUUAUAGUCAAGCACAUUAACCGUUUAAGUGGCAAUCCAAGUGUGAGCCUUGGUACAGCUCUUCCGGUGACGAGUGGUGGAGCAGAAUUGAACUACCGUGGAGACACAAGGCUGCCAUCAGCUGUAGCUCGUAUGAUGCCAGGAUCGGGUGUUUACCGCGUUCUUGACACUGAUUAUGACAACUAUGCCAUUCUGUGGUCCUGCUCCAAUCUCGGAAUAAUGCAUGCAGAUCUCAUCUGGGUCCUUGGAAGAGAUCGUGAAUUGCCAGUACAGGCCAGAGCUAGUGUUUACAACAGACUGUCCGAGCUGAAACUGGACAGUGACCGACUGGUCCUCACACGACAAAAGAGCUGCCCUGUGUUUUGAGAUGUAUCUAUUGGAAUGCUGAACACACGUACCUGAUGGCAUGUAUAGUUUAUCUCCUGAUUUUAUGCAAUUGCAUGUGAUAAUUUGAAUUUUAAUUUUUAUGUGGAAAAUGAAAUUAUUUGUCUAAAAUUUAAUAACUGAAACUCAUUAACAGCAAAUAUGUAACAUUUUAAAAUGAACUGAAGUGCAUAUUUUCAAAUGAAAAUUAAAUGCAGUGAUACAAAAUAUGAGACAAAAUGUCUAGUUACAUGACUUUGAGUUUAUGUGACUACUGCUGGGCAUGCGGCUGUUGCAUAAUGGAGGAUACCUGUAAUUGGAUGUAUUCCACAAACAUAUAUAAUGAAAUGUGUGUUAUGCCAUUUACUUUAAUAUAAAGUCACACUGUUAUUAAUGCAGUAAAGUUGUUAUAAAGUUGUACAGAACAAAUGGGAAGUAAUAUUUUGCUAGAAGUGUAUGUGUAAAUUUUGACCUUUAUUUAUUAUCAUGAACAACACUCUAGAUUGCAUUGGUAAAAUGUAUAGCUAUCCCUAGUAACCAGCCGUGGAGGCCCAUAGGGCUGUGAGACGUCGAGGCUCCCACAUUUUCUAGACAAUUGACUCACAGAUGGUGAUGAGGUCAACCUAAUGCGCUGGCUGCCCAUUACCCUGAGGAAGGUUCCUGGUACUCAUUUCUGUUAGAGGCUGAAUCAUCCCCAGGUUCCUAAUGCAGCUGGAAGGAUUGGGUCAAUUGAACAACCCAAUGACCUCAUCAGGAAUUGAACCUGCAGCCUUCCAGCUUUUAGCAUAGCACCUUCACCAACUACGCUACUGUAUCCCCAAAAUACCUAGGUAGGAGGGGGAUAUUCUUGUGAAGGGACUGACUAUACACUACUGGACUGGAAUAAAUGCAAGUAUGCUUCAGGGGGAAGUGUAACAGCUUGGAGGAUGCAGAAGGGGUCAAUCAAUGGGACUUAUUUCUGUGGCUUGAGUAGAGAAACGCUAAUGCUCAUGCUUGGAAUGGGAUAUGCACCAAUGAUCUUGGGCACCACAUGAUUACGUCUGACUGACUGUUAGAUGCUUGAUUUGCCUGCAAUCAAAAGCUGACAAAUACACCUAUCAGAAUUGAUGUGUUAUUUUUUGUCUGUCUAUACGCAACAACUCAAGAACAGUUUAAAUGAUUUUCACGGAAUUUGAUAAUGGGGAGUUUUAUUAAAGUUUGGUAAAACAUUCCACUUUUAGUUAUGGGAUGCUUUGUACAUGAAGACUUACAUGCAUUUCUGCACUCAUCUUGAGUGUAACUUGCAAACACUUUAUUGGAGUGAAAAAUGUUUUGGACAAUUGCAGAGAAAAAGUCUGAGCCUCUUUGUGACGUUUUGUAACAAGCUUAUUUUUUAUGGUGAGUAGUUGUUAGCCCACUCCCAGCCACCAAAAUGAAGGACCACCCUUUGUCGGCUAUCUCCUCCAUGCCGGAGUAAAGUGAUCAGGGUGUGAAGCUGACCACUCGGUUCAAACUACUGCCAAGGUAAAGAAUAUGUGGACCUAUACCACCACUUACCCAUUCAUCUUCAUGAUGUAGUGCUUAAUUAGUUAACAGCACAGGGACAACUUUAUCUCUUAGAUUUUUCCUGCAAGUCUGUUUUGGGGAUAGUUAAAAAAAUGGGGUGAACAUGCUUGAAGUGUUGCACUACUCAUACACUUCCCAUUUUACUAUAAUUUUAAUUUACUUUUCAUUUUCAGAUAUUUAAAUAUGUAUACCUGUAUCUAUGUUAUUUUUAUGAGGCACUGAAGCCUUCACAGGUGAUCAGCAAUGUCAGUAUGGAAUAAAAGUCUGUUUCGAAGGCCGUUCCUGUCUCAAUGUGAAGAAUGAUGCAAAGUGUCCAGUGUAUACUUAUACACAUUUACAUCUAAAAAGAGCCUAAUUCUCACUGCCCAAGACCUAGGUAAAGAGAGAGCAUUGGGUAGAGUCAAAUGGUCCCCCAUCCCACAACUGGCUGAGCAAGCAGUCAGCCACCUUUGCUGUGGACCCUGCUCAGGGUUGCUUGAGUUGGCAAUACACUGUAUUUUCAAUGUAAUUAAGAUGAAUUAUUUCCAAAUUUAAAAUAUUUCAAUGUUUUCCAUUUUGUAUCAUCCAUUCAUUAAAAGACAUUUGUUUGAAAACAA